AACAGCGGUCCCUUGUGGCUGUUUGGCUAAACUGCAAGGCUAACUAUCCACUAUUUAGUUAGCUUACUUGUAGAGCUCGAGAUUUAGCAAUUCCCUAAACACGAGUGUGGUCUGAAUAUACUAAAAACGCAACGGAUAUGCUCACGUUGAAUUAAAAAAACACACGCCUUUCAAAGAAACGUUGCUCCACAUCACAGAGUACUCCAGAAAAUUUGCAUUUUGUACAGCCUGAACCGGAAGCCAUGUCGGGAAUUAAAAGGAAGAUAGAGGGCAAUGAUCCCGACUAUGAGGACGUUUCUCUGGUCCAAAACAGUAAGAGAAACAAGGCGGCUGAACAUAGUGCUCGAGAAGCAACAGUUCAGAAGAUUGAAACCAUCAUCAAGGAGCAAUUUUCUUUGGAGAUGAAGAACAAAGAGCAUGAGAUAGAUGUGAUAAGUCAGCGUCUUAAUGAAGCCAGGAGGAUGAUGGACAAGCUCAGGGCAUGCAUAGUAGCUAAUUACUAUGCCAGUGCUGGACUGACAAAGCUCUCAGAGCAUACCUCCAAGAGCGACCCUGCUGUGCUGAACCAUCCAGCCAUCCGACGCUUCCUGGAGUCUCCUUCCCGUUCUUCUUCCCCUCUCAACCAGGGCUCUGAGACUCCAUCGUUAGUUCAAUCAGAGUCCGAGUCUCUCUCACAGCAAGGAGAUGGUGCUGAGAGGAAUGGAGAAGGGUCUUGGAGAGAGGACAGCAGCAGGCAGGAGCGCAGACCCGGACGCAACACAGGCAAAGACACAUUUGGUGUACCAUCGUCUGCAGGCACAGAGCAGAGAGUGACCUACCACUCUACUGGGGACGAUGCAUCUAGACUUUAUGUGAAGAAGACAAUCGUAGUAGGAAAUGUAUCCAAGUACAUUCCACCUGAUAAGCGGGAAGAGAAUGACCAGUCUACUCAUAAGUGGAUGGUGUACGUCAGAGGCUCAAGGAGAGAACCUAGCAUCGACCACUUUGUCAAGAAAGUUUGGUUUUUCCUGCAUCCCAGCUACAAACCCAACGACCUCGUGGAAGUCAGUGAGCCUCCCUUUCAUUUAACGCGCCGCGGUUGGGGUGAGUUUCCUGUGAGGAUCCAGAUCCAUUUUAAAGACCCUCGCAACAAACGUAUUGACAUCAUCCACCAGCUAAAGCUCGACCGAACAUACACUGGACUGCAGACGCUCGGGGUAGAAACAGUGGUUGAUGUGGAGCUUCACAGGGAUUCUCUUGGGGAAGACUACAUCCCUCAGCCUUCUUCCUCCAAGGUGACUCACAGAGCAGCCAGCCCCACUUUGACUGCCUCUCUGGCCCAGACUUAUGGACGCUGUAGUUCUCCUGUGUCACAUGACUCCAGUGUAGACAAAGUUUUCAUAAAGACAGAGUCGGGGAGGCCUACAGGUGUUCAUAGCGCAGGCCUUGCUGCUGGUGAACACACUCCAACACGGCCCAAGGCCGGUGACAGAGUCACUCUGGGUUCCCAUGGCAACUCUGCCUUCCAGCCUAUCACAGCAAGCUGCAAGAUUGUUCCCCAAGGACAACCACCCAGUCCUGCUGAGUCUCCUGGGAAAUCAUUCCAACCAAUCACAAUGAGCUGUAAAAUAGUUUCAGGGUCACCCAUCUCCACACCCAGCCACUCCCCGCUGCCCCGCACACCCACGACCUCCACCCCUGUCCAUUGCAAGCAGAGCUCAUCCUCUGUGCUCAACAAUCCUUAUAUCAUUGUUGACAAACCGGGCCAGGUUAUCGGCAUGGCUUCCUCAUCCGCUGCCUCCACAGGAAGCCCAUCCACUAAACAGUCUGCCACUCAGGGCACUCGCUCCCCAGCACCUAAAGUUCACACUGGCACCUUCCUGUCCUCAGGGAUGAAGGUUAUUAUCAAGCAAGAGCCAGGGGAAGUUUCAACACAGCAACAGCCGAUGGUUUCCACAGUAACCAGUCAGCAACAGCAAGCUAGCGCUACAGCAGGACACCAGUUUGUUGCAGUGAAGGGGGGUCACAUGAUCUCCAUGUCGGCCCAGAAACAGACUGGUGGAGGGACAGGGGCCACUAGUAGCAAGAUGUUGGGUAUUCCUGUUAGCUCAGGGCUUCAGUCUUCAGUCAAACAGGUUGCUAUCAGCAGUGGACAAAUUCUGGUUGCCAAGGGCAACCCUUCUGUCUCCAAGGUGAUGAGUGGAAAGCAGGUUUUGGCUCAGGGAGUUGCUAAAGCCAUCGUCAGUGGAGCCAGUGGCAUUUCUGGACACCAGGGUACCAAGGCGGCUGGUGGUUCAGGUGGCAAGAGUGGAGUGAUGGCUACACUUCAGCUGCCAGCCAACAACUUAGCCAAUCUGGCCAAUUUGCCACCAGGUACCAAACUCUACCUGACCACCAACAGCAAGAACCCCUCGGGGAAAGGAAAGCUGCUCCUCAUCCCACAGGGAGCAAUCCUCCGGGCCUCCAGUGGAAGUCAGCAGUCCCAGAACAGCUCAUCAGCGGUCUCUGGGAGCUCUCACAACUCCUCCUCCUCUUCCUCUUCAAGCAAUCUACCUUCCAACCUCUCCUACACAUCUUAUAUCCUUAAACAGACCCCACAGGGUACGUUUCUGGUCGGUCAGCCCGCACAAGGUUCGGGGAAGCAGGGGAGUUCCGGUUCGGCAGGUCAUGCUGCAUCAUCUCCUGCAACUGCUAGCCAGCAGGCUAUUAGAGUGACAGCCGGACAGAAGGCAGCCAUCUUGGCUCAGGUGGUGGGCAGCUCCCAGGGUGCACAGGUGAAGUUGCCUGACGGCUCAGUUAAAACAGUAACGGCAGCGGGAGCAGGCCACUUGUCCAAGCCGGGCACCACCACGUUAAGGAUGACAGGUGGAGUCAUCACCGCUGCUAGCUCCACGCCUGGCUCUGUCAGCAGUGCGAGCCAACAACAGGCCCUCGAUGGUGGGAAGUCUGCUUCUCAGCAUCACUCACUCCUGAUGGCAGCCAACCAAGCAGCAGUAAUCAACGCAGCAAAGAACACCAGCGCCGCUGGUGGGGGCAGCAGCUUGUCGAAGGCAGCAGUGGCCUCCUUGGUGAAGGGUGCUGGAAACCCUGCUGCGAUCGCAAAGACUGCUGGAGGUUCAGCUGGUGCUGUAGUAACAGGUGCAAAGGGGAUCACCAAUAUGCCUGUUAUCAGCAUGUCCAAAGGUGUGGGUACUGUUGUGGGUGUGCCCAAAAUCAGCAGCAGCGGCGCAUCCCUGGUUUCUGCAACUUCGUUAGUCAGUGGAGUGGCAGCCGCCGGAGGAAAAACUGGUGCUGCUCUCUCGGGUAUGCUGAAGAUCCAUUCUGGAGGUUCCAGCUCCCAGCAGACUGUCUUAACCAUUCCUGCCAACCAGCUCAAGCAGCUGGGAGUUGGAAGUGGGUCCGGCGGACUGCAGACCAUCUUCAUGCCUGUGGGGAAAGUCGUGUCAAAGGGCCCAGUCUCCAGUACUCCUUCCUCCUCCUCCUCCUCUUCCACCACCCCUGGAGCACCUGGAGCUGGAGCCUCCCCAAGUCCUGCCAGCCAGGCCUCCCCCUCCCUUGCCCUGCCUCUGGUACAAGUGAAGACGGAGCCAGGUGCUGGCACAGCUGUCACAGCUGGUCCAUCACCCCCGGUGACUACUCCUGCCCCCGCUUCUUCUGUCCACGUUGCCUCUGCAGCUACCACAGUCAAACAGGAACAAGGGGCAGAAAACUCAUCGCACGACCUCAUCAACACUGAGCAUAUAGAAACCAUGAUGCAGCUGCUGACAGCCGUGGUGAAGAAAUUCCCUCUAAUUGUGCCAGAUAAGACCGAAGACUCACAUCCGUUUUGUGCCUCGUCGUCAGAACAGUAUUAUUCCUGGAAUAUUGGCAAGCGCAGAGCAUCAGAGCUUCAGCGAGCCGUAGCGGUGAAGCGGGUCGUCCAGGACGUGUUGGAUCGCUCGCCCCGUCUCCAGGCCCUCACCCCGCCAAAGACCAGAGAGGUGGUUCAGUGGUGUCGACAGAGGGGUUACACGCCGCCUGACCCCGAACCCCCACAACCCAAGAACGAUGACGAGUCCAUCGAGGACAUUCUCACUCAAAUCGAUAAUGAGCCUGAGUGCCCGUCGACCCUGAGUAGCAGCGAGGAGCUGGUGCUGCGUCUUGAGCAGAUGCAAGCUCUGCUCAAGACUGAGCCAGAGGAGGCGGAUGACGAAAUAGUCGACAUCAUCACGGUGACUCCUCCCUGCCACAAGCUAAAGGUCAAAGAGGAGGAACAGGAGGCUGACCCGGAGCCCAAAUUCUUCCUGGGCGCCAGCCUGUCCGAUCAGUUUGUCAGUGAAGCAGCUCAGCAGAUCGGGGUAACCUUCCAGCCGGUGGAGGUGGAGAAGAAUGUGUUCGCUCCAGUAAUCGAAGCCAUGAUUCUAAAGGCUACAGAACAGUUUGCAAGUGACAUCCUGAGAGAAGCGCUGGCUGGGGCCUACGCCAAAUCCCCUCCAAACAGGGCACCAAGAGAGAUCACAGCCAUGAACAUCCACCAGGCUGUCAGCAGCAUCCCCACCUGCGACUUCCUCACUAAUACACACAUGGGUUACCUGGCUAAGGACAACUGAGGCCUCCUCUACUUGACAUCGACUGGUUACUGACAAUGAGACAAAUCGACCGUGUUCGUGAUCACACUCGGUCCCGUUGGCUCAGGUUGCACAGCAGUAAUAAUGUACUGUAUUCAUUAAGUUGACCAUUGAAGGGCUCAGUUUGCUGCUCGAGCAGCUGCGUAGCAGCAAAGUAACAAAUGUUUCUAAUACUCUGUAACAUCUUAGUGCCGGUGCAUUGAAGCUUCGUGGGGCUCGUGUUAUUGGAUUUAGAGAAGCGAUUGUGCUCUUGCUUACCUCAAGAAAAGAUUAUUUUAAUGAUGAAGUGUUUUCUGCCAGACAGCUAGCUAGUCACUGGGAAAAUGAAGCCUGAGUGACUUGCAGGGUUAAAUAAUAAGAUCAGACAGCUGUCCCAUCUCCAGUGUACUGCAUCUCGCCAUCACAAUCACUGAAUUUUUGGAACUGGCUGAGUCUUUUAGCUCAGGUGAACCACAAAUUUAGCUGUUCGGAAACACACUGAGUAUUUUUCUAUCAUUUGGGCAGAGCAUACACAGCAGUUCUGCUGAAAGUGGCAUGGCAACCAGCAUUCAGCUUUUGAUGUGUUUCACGGUUACCUGGCAGAGGUAACGUCGAGCCUUGCAAGACAAACAGGCACGCAGGAAGUGUUUUCUAAGGCCCUUCAGAUGGGCUAAUAGAUUCAUCUUUUAUAGUCUGAAAUUAAAGGUGGAUUAUGCCACAGAGACACCGAUGAACUAAUAUGAUGCAGGAGACGGUGUAGUGUGAGAAUCAUUGUGAUUUAGAGAAAUUCGCUGUUAGUAUUUAUCUUCUGUUCAUGAACCAGCCCUGGCAGCACGCUGAAGUGUUUUUAAGCAUUGUGUGUAACAGCUGUAUUGUAUCUUAUCAUGUAAUGUAUAGUGUAUAUGACCAGUAUAUGAAGUAUGGUGUUUUCAGACACUGUUUAUUUUUCUAUCAAAUCUCAGCACCUGCGAUCAAUUACACCCCGACAGUAGUGAGUGUGUGUGUUUGGAUGUGUUUGCUGUAGUCCCCACAGAGGUCAGUGAAGUUGAUGUGUGUGUCUGUGUGCGUGUUGUGCUGUUGUUUCUGUUUAAUGUGCUGCUUUGUAUUACGUUCAUGUGUGAGAAUGAGUGGAUGUGUGUCGGGCUGAGUGACUCUGAUGCCUGUUAAACCAAAUCGUAUUAGUGUAGAAGACACCUAAACAUUGUAUUUUCAAUUUCAGUGCAAACCAAAAAUAUAAUCAAUAUUCUUGUAAUGAAUUUUAAAAACAAUUCUUGCAAA